AUGAACUGGACGGCCGCGACUUGCUGGGCUCUGCUGCUAGCCGCCACCUUCCUCUGCGACAGCGGCGCGGCCAAGGGUGGCCGUGGAGGGGCUCGCGGCAGCGCCCGGGGAGGGCUGCGCGGGGGCGCGCGCGGGGCCCCGAGGGUGCGCGUGAGGCCGGCGCCUCGCUACGCUGGCUCCUCCCUGCGCGUGGCGGCGGCAGGGGCGGCGGCCGGGGCGGCCGCGGGCCUGGCGGCGGGCUCCACCUGGAGAAGGGCCCCGGGCCCCGGGGAGCGCGACCUGGAGGACGACGAGGACGCGGCACCGGGCGGCAACCGGACGAGCCAAGGCGUCUACAGCUACCGGGCGUGGACUUCGGGCGUGGAGCCCACCAGCAGCCCGUGCCUCUGCCUGCUACUGGGCGGCGCUCUGGGCGCCCUGGGGCUGCUGCGGCCCUAG